UAAAGCAUCUAAUAAUAAUCAUGUUACUGCGCUCAUAUUUUCUUCAAUUUUUAUUUUUUUUUAAAUUACCAAUAUAAUUAUGUAAUCAUAAUUUAAGACACAUUAAAUUAAAUCAUGAAAAGCUUAUCACAUAUAUAUGCUCAAAAUCUCCAUGGACUCAUAGCUUAUCACAUGUCACCGUACAUAUCUAAUUAGCUACGGGUACUUGAAGAUGUGCAAAUUAAGAAAGAAAAAAAAAAGGGCUUAAGCAAAAGUUUCAACUUCACAUCUGUUUUAUUAAUUAAAAAACUUGAUUGUGUUUAUCCUAAUACUAGCUGACAAAUAUUAUUGAAGCAACAACAUUCUCACAGUUCCUUAAAUGCGGAAACACUCUUCACACAACUAUAAAUAACCACCUCAACCGCCAUUUUUGUAUCAUCCAACUACCUUCUUAAUCUCUCUCUCUCUCUCCCCCCCUCUCUUUAUUUUACAUUGAAAAUGGCUUAUAAGCUUGCAAUUUCUUUUGCACUCUCCUUCUUCUUCAUCUUUCACUUCUCAAAUGCAGCUUCCUAUAAUGUACUAAACUUUGGAGCAAAACCAGACGGGAAAACAGACUCAACACAGCCUUUCCUCAAGACAUGGGCAGCCGCAUGUAACUCACCUACUGCAUCGACAGUUUAUGUGCCGAAAGGAAGGUACUUGAUCAAGGCAAUAGAGUUUAGAGGUCCAUGCAAGAGAAGAAUUACUGUUAAGAUUGAUGGAAGUAUUGUAGCUCCAAUGGAUUAUCGAGCUCUUGGCAAUUCUGGGUAUUGGAUUUUGUUCGCUAAAGUUAAUCAAAUUGCUGUUUUUGGUGGUACCCUUGAUGCCAAAGGUGCUGCCUUCUGGGCUUGCAGGGCUUCUGGAAAGAGUUGUCCUGUUGGAGCUAGGUCUAUAACAUUCGACUGGACAAACGAUGUGAUAAUAAGUGGGUUGAGAUCAAUCAACAGUCAGACUAUGCAUCUUGUAAUUAAUAAUAGCAACAACGUGCAAGUUCGAAAUGUGAAGCUUAUAGCUCCAGACCAAAGCCCCAAUACAGAUGGAAUCCAUGUUCAGACAUCCACAGGCGUAACAAUCACAGGCAGUACUCUUCAGACAGGCGAUGAUUGCGUAUCCAUUGGUCCAGGCACUAAGAACUUGCUUAUGAGCCAUAUCAAAUGUGGCCCUGGUCAUGGCAUCAGCAUUGGCAGCUUGGGCAGAGAAUACGAUGAAGAUGGAGUGCAAAAUAUAACCCUAACAGAUGCAGUUUUCAUAGGAUCAGACAAUGGUGUAAGGAUCAAAACAUGGGCUAGGCCCAGCACUAGCUUUGUAAGGAAUGUUCUCUUCCAAAACAUCAUCAUGAUGAACGUAAAGAACCCUAUUAUCAUUGACCAGGAUUACUGUCCUGACAACAUAGGCUGCCCUAACCAGCAUUCUGGUGUAAAGAUUAGUCAAAUAACGUACAAAAAUAUAAAAGGAACAUCGAGGUCGCCGCAGGCUGUAACAUUUGAAUGUAGCCCCAGUAAUCCAUGCAGGGAAAUAGAAUUACAUGAUAUAAAGCUCACUUACAUGAAUAAAGCUGCAACUUCUUCAUGUAAGAACAUAGCAGGAACCAGCAGUGGACUAAUCAUACCUGAAAGUUGUUUGUAAGAGCAACUUAUCAAUUUAUAUUAUACAAUAUAACAAAUUAAUUAUCAUUUGUUCUGUAAAGAAAAAAUAAUGAUUGGUAUAUUUGUAUCUCUGGGUAUACACUCCAUGUGGGAAGUGGCUUUUUAUGCACUAUCCCUAUUUUGUAGUGUUCUCCCAUAUAUAUAUAUACAUAUAUAUACACAUGAUUUCAUGUACAUAUGUAUAAAUUUGUGAAAGAACUUAUAAUGUAUAAUAAUAU